AUGUCGAAGAAGAGGAACUGGAGUGAUGACUACGUACGAUUUGGUUUCACUUUGGUGAUGGGUAAAGACUCGUUACCGAAGGCUCAAUGCAUUCUCUGCAGCACCGUUUUCGCGAACACGAGUUUGAAGCCUUCGAAGCUCGAACCCCACUUUCUCAAGCACGGAGGAGAGGAAUUUGAAGGCAACGAUUUGGAAUCGCCCAAGAACAGGUCGCGUUUGAACGCGGAUGCGGACUUACGGAUAGCCUUGAGCAAUACGGAGCCUCGAAUCACCAAGAUUGUGGAUUCGAAACAGCAGCAGAAAAGUCAUUGA